GUUACCAGUGGCAAGAUGCCAGCUUGGCAUUCAAAGUUGAGCGGUUUCAUCUUUCAUUGCUUUCUCUUGCGCGUCACAUUGAGUGCCUGUACCACCGAGAGUGCCAGCGAGUGCAGACAUGUCAGCUUUGUGCCAGGGGCCCGGAUAGCGGGUGAAGGCUAUGAUGUGGUGACCCUGCGACCCAAAGGUGCCUUCGUGAUCGAUGUGAACACCUGGCGCUACCGCAACGGGAGCUGCACCCUCUGCCACAAUGAGCAUCUCGGUAACGAGCGCCAGCUAAUGCCCAUCUCACUGGUGGACUGGCGUACCGUGACAAACUGCCAGCAGUCGGUAUCCAGCCGGCUCUACCAUUCAGCUGCCAAACUGUCAGAGUCUUCCACCUCCGCCAUCACCAAUGACUGGCGGGCUGACCUGCUCCUCCCAAACUCCAACUGGGUGCUGGCUGGCUCCAAGUCCAAUCUGGUGACUUUUGGCACCAAACGUUCGAAAAGCGAUCGCCACACUUUCACCAGUCACCAGUUCCAGUGCCUCUACUACAAGUACCGGGUGAAGGAGAACCCGAAACUGGCGCCGGAGUUCGCCCACUCCCUCUCCCGCCUCCCUGACAUCAUGAACAAUGAUACGAUGUACUGGUACAGGAAACUGGUGGCGAACUACGGCACCCAUUACAUCAAGUCGGUGGAGCUGGGCGGGAGCUUCAAAGACGUGACAGCUAUUCGGACAUGUGAGGCAGCAUCCGAGGGCUACACUGCCGAGGAGGUUAAGAGCUGCCUGUCAAUGGAGGCUAGUGUCACGGUGGGGUUCCCUGCAAAAGGCUCAUUUAAUUCCCAGAAAUGCCGGCAGAUGGCGCUUGCCAUGAAGCACCAUGACAAUGUCUACCAGGCCUUCAGUGACCGGGAGAUAGAGUUGAAGGGAGGCCAGGCCCAUCAGCAUGCAGACCUCUUCUUCUCCAAGGAUGGCUCGGCGUUCAACCAAUGGAUAGCCACCCUGCCCAAGCACCCAGGCAUGGUGCGCUAUGCCCUCGCACCUCUCCACCACCUGCUUCCCAAGAAUGAUCCUAGGCACAAGAACCUGAGGCACUACAUCAGCUAUUACAUUGCAGUUAGUGCCCUCCCCCAGCAAUGCGAGAUGGGGACACAGUGCCCCCAUGGGUCUUACCAUGAUCCGCAUCAACCAUGCACAUGCAUGUGCCAUGAGGACAGUCACGUGGACCGGAACUGCUGUUCCAAAGGGAAGGGGCUGGGCCACCUGGUGGUCAUCGUUUUAAAGGGGCAGGGUCUCUGGGCGGACUACUUCUCUGCCGCUGACAGCUUUGUCGUGGUCAAGUAUGGCCAGACGGCGGGCAGGACCUUUGUGAGCUAUGACAACAACAACCCGGUGUGGAACAAGAUACUGGACCUAGGUCAAGUCAAGGCCGAGAGCAGUCAGAAUCUGAUCUUUGAGGUUUGGGAUGUGGAUGUCAAAUAUGAUGACCUCCUGGGCACUUGCAAGGUCAGACUGACCUCUGGUGAGUACAUGAUCAACUGCCCCCUCCAGUAUGGCUCUGUGAGCUUAUUCUACAGCUUCACCUGUGGCCCUCACCUGGAUGGUGAAACCUGUCAAUAUUAUAAACCUCGCCCUGCCAACUAGCCAUUCAGCAAUUAACUGGGCGUUGCAUUCAGCACCAUCCCUCUCAAUACGUUACUGCCAACCCUUUUGGAAACACCAAACCUCAUUGUGUAUUUUCCCUGAACCUAUCUAAUGGUAGCACCUUUCUCAGACUGUAUAAUGGCUACAUCAUCGUGAGAGACUCUGUGCUUAUACAUCGAAAUACUUUGAAGGCUUUCUCCAACCAUGCAAGCAGCGCCCCACAUCAGGUGGUGCAACUAUGCUGAUUUCUAAACAUAUUUGUUUAAUCUUAUACUUCUACAAUAAAUCCAACUCA